GUGGAGUGAGGUCUCUUCUUUGGGGGCAGGAAUGUAAAUCCACGGGGAUUAGUGAGAACACAUCGGGCUGUAAACCCCCUCAGUAGCUCUCCAAGGGGUCCCUGCCUCAGUGCGUAAAGUUGGGAAGGCGCUCCGGACGCAUUGCGCAGCAGCGCCGUGAUCCCACAGGCUCCAUGUGCGUCACGUCUGCGGGAUGCUUGACAAGGAUUUCUGAUAUUUUGAUAGCGCAGCCCGCGCGGGUCAAUGGCAGAUGAGAAAGGUGUUGCUGUGCGGAUGUUAAUGCUUUUCACUUGAGCAAGUCAUCAGUCCGCAGAGAGGACAUGGGUCAGAUUAAUGGUGCGACUCUGUUACCUUUGGGGGCGAUCUGUGCUGUUUUCCUGUGGGAAUCUGGUGCCAGCUCCAUCAGGACGACGUUCACCGUGGACACAUCGAGGACAACGGAGUGUCCGGAUAACAAAAUCCUGACUGUGGAGUAUUCUUGUGUCAGAGCUGGCGGGAAGAAUGGCACUUGCUUGAGGAGAAAGUGCUGUGACGGGUUCAGGUUUGUGAUGGGACAGUGCAUACCUGAAAGCGUGGAUGUGUGCGCCGCCUCCCCCUGCGAGCAGCAGUGCACAGACAACUUUGGACGAGUCGUCUGCACGUGUUACCCCGGGUAUCGCUUUGACCGCGAGCGACAUCGCACUCAUAAAUCUCCUUACUGCCUCGACAUCGAUGAGUGUGAAGCCUCCGGCGGCGAUGUGUGCGACCACGAGUGCCUGAACACAAUGGGAAGCUUUUUGUGCCGCUGCCACAGUGGUUACAUCCUGGCAUCCGACCAGCGUUCCUGCAUCCCCGUUCACAACUUGAGCUCCUCAGGAAAGUCCGACACCUUGAUGAGCGCUGGCACCUGCUCACUGACCUGCCAGGACUUCAUGAACAUGAAAAACAGUCUUCUCCAGAUAAAACUGCGGCUGGGAAAUGCGCCGUCAGCCAACCAGGUUCCUGGUCUGGCCAACAGCAGUGAUAAACCCUCUCUGGGACGUGCAGGAAAAAGUCCUGAUACCCCGUGUCUUCCUGGUUUACCCGGCCCCCCAGGAGCUCCUGGGGUUCCAGGACAUCCUGGAGAGCCUGGAAACAGAGGAGAAACUGGGGAGAGGGGUCCUCCUGGCCCUCGGGGUCCGAGGGGGGAUAUGGGGCCAAUGGGACCAGAGCCUGACCUGAGACAUAUAAAGAGGGGUCGCAGGGGCCCAGUGGGUCCGCCUGGAGCGCCAGGAAGAGACGGAUUGAAGGGUGAUAGAGGAGCUCCAGGUCUCAGAGGUCCGCCUGGACCACCCGGCUCCUUCGACUUCCUUCUGCUCAUGAUGGCCGACAUACGCAACGACAUCAUCGAGCUGCAGGAGAAGGUGUUCGGCGAGCGGCGAGGCCUCUCUCUGGACAAUCCUCAGUCCAGCGGAGAAGUGGAAUUUGAAGAUUGGGGUUCUGGAGAAGAUCUUACCCUCAACACCUGACCUUCAAGCUUCAUCUUUUCUAUAAAACAUGCUGGAGAUGCGAUAUAUUGAUAAUUCCUCUAAUCUGGGACGACCGGGACAUCGCGGCUUGUUUUGAACUCUUAUAACGGUACGUACAAUGAAACGGAGAGACAUGAAGAAACCUCUCAACCACUGCAAGCAUUGUUGGCAGACCUUUCAUGUUCCUUGGAUGUCAGAGAGCAGCGUGCGUGCAGGACUUUGGAGGAAAGCGAGCAGCACCAGCCUUUGUGUCUGAACCUCAGACCUGAACCACUUCAAAAGAUGAACUUUAUCGUCUCCAUCACUUCCUGCUCCUGGGUUCAGCCGGGUGGGGGCGUCGGUUAAAACGGGAGCAGAGAUCUGCACCUGUCUGCAGUGUCCGGCUCUGAAGUUAGAGCUAUUCUCUGAGGACGACUCAGGAAAUCAUUCAUGAGAUUCAUGAACUCUAUUGUUCGGGUUGUACAGCAAAAUAUAGCAGACCAACUUCAUGUUCUAUUGAGAAAAUGCAUUUAACGUAAGGAACAGGCUGCUUACUGUUAAACAUGCAAGCUGCAUUAUUAUACAAUCGGGACGCUCAAUUUAUAAAUGGGAGUCCUCAUAUCAUUGGAAUGGUAUCUCAGGUAUGUUCUGGCUUUAUUAGGCUUCCUGCUGAAAAAAUCUGCAGGGAUUUUCCUGAAAAUAAGAAAUAAAAAACAUUGUGAAAAUAAAUCCAGUUCUGAAGGGAGGAGAUGGACUUCCUCUGAAAAUACCAGGAAAGACAAUCCAUCAACAUGUACAACACCUUGCAAAAUAAGAAUGUUGAUGACCUUUCUCUAUAUUGUAAUAAACCAUGUGCUAUUUAUACAGAAAAAA